GGGGUUAGGGAGCUGUUUUCAUUGAUGGCAUCAUAAAUUCACAGAUGUACUGCCCUAUAUUGAAAGUGAUUUUACCAUCACUUCUUGCCCUUGAUCGUCAUGCAAUUUCCAUACAUGACAAUGAUCCAAUACACACAUCUGAAGUCACUGUUGCAUUUCUGAAAAAGAACAGGGUGAAAGUGAUUCAGUGGCCAAGUAUAUCUCCUGAUCGAACACCUAUGGGGAAUUCUGAAGAGACAAGUUGAGCAUCAUUCUCCAUCCAGUAUCCAGGCUCUAAAAGAGGUCAUUCUUGAAGAAUGGAAAAAGAUUGGUGUCGCC